AUGGACGGUUUCGUAUGUUCCCCCUUUAGCGCGUACCAGAGCUUCAGGGGCAGCCCCGCGGUCGGCCGCGGCUGGGACCCUGCAGCCAAGCAGUCCAGCUGGAAGCAGAGCAAGAGCGUCGGCAUCAGCCCUUUCCUCGGGGGGCCGUUCACGCCGCUGCCCUCCGAGUACCUGGACAGCUACCGGCGGGCGCAAUUGCAGGCGCUGCUGUCGCAGGUGGGCCCCGCGCUGGCGUCACGGCCCCGCCGGGCCAGCACGAAGGAAGCGGCGGUGCAGGUGAGCUUGCGGGCCGACGCUGCCGUGCAGUGCUCGCUGGGGCCGCGCACGCUGCCGCUCGGCCGCCCCUUCGGCCCCGCCGCCCUGCGCGCCCCGGGACGCCUCGCCCUCCACUCAUCCGUGCCCGACCGCCGCCUCUUCGCGCUGCCCGAGGCCGCACCGACCCCGGACAAGGCAGCGCCGUCGGAAGCGCCGGCCGAGAAGACCUCGACGGCGGACGGCGGCGAGGAGCACCAGCAGGGCGCGGCGGGGGAAGCGCUGUCGCCGCGCCAGGAGCCGGUGGGGACGCGGCGGGAGGAGACAGCGGCUCCCAGGCAGAAACCUGCCUUCCAGUUCUUGGAGCAGAAGUAUGGCUAUUUCCACUGCAAAGACUGCAAGACCAGAUGGGAGAGUGCUUACGUGUGGUGCAUUUCUGGAAGCAACAAGGUGUACUUCAAGCAGCUCUGUCGCAAAUGCCAAAAGGGCUUCAAUCCCUAUCGAGUGGAAGCAAUCCAGUGCCAGAUGUGUUCCAAGACUCGUUGUUCUUGCCCUCAGAAGAAGAGACAUAUUGAUCUCAAGAGACCUCAUCGCCAAGAACUCUGUGGCCGCUGCAAAGGGAAAAGGCUGUCCUGUGAUAGCACUUACAGUUUCAAAUACAUUGUCUGA